UUGAAGGAUCUGAGUGAGAAGAAGCAGAGCUUCCGGCGGAACGUGGUGUCACUGGCGGUGGAGCACAAGGAGGUCCGAAGCCGUCUCGCUUCACAGGUGCAAUCAUUGGCUCUUCAAACCCUAACAAGACAGGCAGAGGCCAAAGCUAAGAAGAUGGAGGAUGAGAUGUAUAGAUUACAGGAGAGCUUAGAGGAGAGAAAUUGCAGCUUCAAGCAUCAACAUCUACUGCUGGGAAGGUAUGAUUUUGCUCUGUUUUCUUUUUAUGCACUUGAUUGCAUAGAACCAGUUGGGUUUUUCAUGGUUGAAGAACUUGGUUUUGGUUGAGCAAUAUGUACAUAUGGAUUAAACUCAGCUAAAUUUCUCAACCAUGUUAAGAGCUUUUUUGUCUGCAGAUUUUUGUUGGUUCUUAUAGAAACUUGUUUGUGGAUUUGAUGUAGAAGUUUUAACAGAUUGAUAUACCUCCAUUAUGUCAUUGUCAA